AGAGGCUAAGGGCGGUUAUCUGUGACAUCUCUGUGAAUAGUCUGGUUUUGCUUUUUUUUUUUUUUUCCUUUUGGUAAGAGGCACCUUCAAGUUAUCAUCCCCAGCCUGUCCUCAUGCUACCUUGGCUCCUGCUAUUGAUCUGUGCUCUACCGUGUGAUCCUGCUGGAAUUCCUGUCUCUGAUGUGAGCUUGAAGACACAACCCUCAGGAGGAUGGGUGAUGGAGGGAAACAAGCUGGUCCUCAUCUGCUCUGUUGCUAGUGCCACUGGAAAUAUAACUUACCUCUGGUACAGAGGGGCCCUGGGUUUCAAUCUGGAAACAAAGACACUGCCUUCACUCACAGCAGAGUUUGAGAUCAGUGACAUGAAGCAAAGCGAUGCUGAUCAAUAUUACUGUGCGGCUAACAAUGGCGAUGGCCCCAUUCCCAGUGAGCUGGUGAACAUCCACGUCAAAGUUCCAGUGUCUCGCCCUGUCCUUACAUUUGGGGACUCUGGAACCCAGGCUGUGCUGGGGGACCUGGUGGAGCUUCACUGUAAGGCCCUGAGAGGCUCACCCCCAAUCUUCUACCAGUUUUAUCAUGAGAGCAUCGUUCUGGGGAACAGCUCAGCCCCGUCUGGAGGAGGAGCAUCCUUCAACUUCUCCCUGACUGCAGAACAUUCUGGAAACUUCUCCUGUGAGGCCAGCAAUGGCCAGGGUGCCCAACGAAGUGAGGUGGUGGCUCUCAACUUAACAGGUCUCUCCUUAGCGCCCACUGAGAAUGGAAUCAGCCAUCUCUCCUCAGGACUUACUAAGUGGCUGCUUGGCUGUCUUGGCCCCAUCACAGUGACCCUAAUAUUUUGCUACUGGCUCAAGAAAAAAAUAGGAAGACAGUCAGAAGAUGUACUCAGGAGUCCUCCUCAGACUGUGCUCCAAGAAUCCACCUACCGCAACUCUCCCGGCCCAAGGCAGCCAGAGCCCCUGUAUGAGAAUGUGAACGUUGUAAGUGGCGACCAAGUUUACUCUCUGGUGUACCACACUCAGCAGGAGCUAGAACCAGCAACGGCUCAGCAAGUGAAGACACACUGGGCAAGUGAGGUCUCCUCUGGAAUCUAUUCUAAGCCAAGGGUAAACACUGCAUAUGUGGACUACGAAGACUCUAUGUAGAAUUAGGUAAAUAGCAACGGUAGAGUGCUACAAACAAGCCCAAGGCCUGACACGGCCUCCAAGGACACCGGGGCCAGGGAUAGUUUGCCAACACACCUUCCCCACAACGCUGCCAUUCAUUAGACGGGUCCUUCACCUACCUUGUGUGAAGUUGGAGCAAGUCCUGUAGAAACCACCCAGGAAAACCAACUUAGAUGGAGAAGCCAGGCGUAUUUGCAUCUCGUUGCUGCUGCCCAUUCAUGUUGGGGCAUGAUGGAUUGCAUGUGAACUUUUAUUACAAGAGGAAAAUGGUGUGAUGAAAGCCACUGAGGUCAUACAGCACAGAGAUACUGAGACUCAGAGAGCGCAAAGCUGAGAUCAGUGGCUUUACUGUGGAGACAGAGCCAUGCUUCCUCUGUGCCCACGUCCUAAAAUACCCGGCAGUAUUUUUGAUACUUUUGAGUCACCAGCAUCAAUUUAGAAUUAAAACACAGUUGCAUAAAAAUG